UCUGGGGUCAGCCUGCUGCUCGGUAGUAAGGCCUUUACUGCUGCUCGGCAGUAAAGGCCUUGGGCCGGGAAUGCACAGGAAUGCACAAGCGCCUUCUCAAUCUGCUGGCCUUCCUCCGCCCCGACCCGGCAAGCGCAAUCUGCGCUCCGCGCUGCACCGAGUCAGUGCUCUCGGCGUCUGCGGACGGCUUUUCAUGCGGCGAUCGGAUACGGUGGGUGAUCGCGAACCUGGGCUUGCCUGAGGCCGAAGCUUGCGACCAGGUCGGUUUGGAGUUCCUCGCAGUUUGCGGGCCGUGCCGCCCGUCUGCUCCUGCACCGUCCGCUAUUGUGCCCACCGGCACCUUUGUUGCGCCGCGCGGAGGGCGCAGCGCUGGCUACUGCCGCUCCGCCGGCCGCUCAAAGUACGAGACUGCCGCCUGGCUCGGCACGCGCAAGGGGUGCGAGGCGGAGUGCUUUGCUCGGUCGGCCUGCCUCGCGUACGAGUGGGGCUCUGCGGGAGGGUACACGCGCUGCGAGCUCCACUCUGAGCCCGUCACACACGUCGCGCCAGCCCCUGGAGGGGGCGUCCACUGCCUCGCGAGAACCACCGCCACCGCGCCUGCCACACCUCCCUCUCCCGCCGCCACCGCCACCGCCGUCGCCACCGCCGCCGCCGCCGCCGCCGCCGCCGCCUCCACCACCACUACCGCCGCCUCCACCGCCGUCUCCGCCGCCACGACUGCCUCCGCUGCCACGGGGCGAGACGUGGACCCGUGCGGCCCGCGCCUGAAGAAGAGGUGCUACCUCUCGGCCAGGGAUGACUUUGACGGCUCGAGCGUCGACGGCGCCUUGUGGAAUGUGGAGGUUCGCAACGACGGCAUCCGCAGCGGUGGUGACGAGGCUCAAUAUUACGUGCCGGAGGGGGUCAGCGUCCGCAACGGUGCGCUCACGCUGCAGCUGUUCUACGACCCCAAAGCAAACAACGGCGGCGGUGGCACAGCACAGGGCCAGAAGUGCAAUAUGGAUCCAUUGUCCUUCUACCCGCCCCAGGCACACUUGUCGGUCGGCUUUGACUCUGUGUGCGACCAAUCCGAUCGGCGCCCUCCCACUGGCUUCUUUUCGGGUCGCAUAAACACGAUGGGCAAGGCGGCCCUGAAGCACGGCGUGCUCGAGGCGCGCGUGCGGCUCGCCUCUCAUAACGAGUACUCGUGGUCCGCCUUCUGGCUACUCGGCGCCGACUUCCGCUCCGUCGGGUGGCCGUUUUGCGGCGAGGUGGAGAUCACGGAGAUGUGGGUGACCAAGGUGUCUUGGGACAACGCCGUGGGCAAAGCGAUGGCGCCCCGAACCUCGCCCUUCCCUGUGGCAGUGCCUUGCCUCACUGCGCACACCUCCAACGCUCCGCCGCCGGUCGGCGGAUGGGACGGCAGGGACAAGCUGCGGUGGGUGGCCUUCAACGAGGGAGGCUACGACCAACUCGUCAGGGAUGGGAAGGUUGACCCGGCGGGUUACAACGUCUACCGCUUCGAGAAGGAGCCUGACUCGCUCCGGUGGUUUGUCAACGACGAGCCCGUCGCGGAGGCGCGGCGCCGCAAAGGCGACGGGGGGCUGGAGCUGCGCGUGCGCAACGACAGCCCCGACGGCUGGGGCCGCUGGUUCGGGCGCGGCCUCUGGAAGCCGUUCGAGCAGCCAAUGUUCGUCAUCUUUAACCUCGCCUUCGCCUCCAAGACUUCGCACCCGCAGCAGCGGCUCGACCAGUACCGCUCCCACCUCCGGGAUGGCAUCGCCCAGCUCGACUCUGCGAGCAUCGACUGGAUGCGGAUGUGGGAGGUCGAGUAAGAUGCCUUACAUAGCGUUAACUUGGAUGCACCCCCCCCCCCCCCGUGCGUGAUUUGCGUGUGCGUUGCAUGAGGGGUCUGUGGCAGCAUGCAGGGCCGCUCUCCCCCUCGGCCCGAGAGCUUCGACCGUGUGGGAGGCGGUGGCGCCGAGAUGCGACGACGGCGCGCGCGCCUCUGCCGUGCAUCCAUAAUGUUCUGUUGCGUCGGUGCAUGUACAGCUGUUCAGGAGCAUG